GUUCAUUUAAAAUGUAAGCUUUAAUGUAAAGUCACACUUAUAUGAUGUUUCUAUCUUCCAAACUACGAAGAUCGUUCAUGCAAGUAUGGAAUGUGGCAGUGAUUAUGCCAGUCCGACUUGCCUCUACAAAAGUUGCCACAGAAAUCGGCCACCCAUUCCGAGUUGUUGUGCUUGGAAAUGGCGGGAGAGGAACAAGUAGAUGCUUGGCUAUAGUUCCCGAAAGAACAACUGUUCGCUCAAUACCGCCUGAAAGAUUUGUCAUCAACUAUAGUGAUUCAGCAGGAUGUAAUCUGAUUGAUGUACGCUUAGGGGAUUUUACAGCAAAAGAACAACAAGUACAUGUCUUAACAACAAGCAAUGCCAUUGAAAAUACCACUGGAUUGGGCAUGGUGACGACAGACUAUGUUUGGCGGGAUUUGCCGGGAUGUGAUGGUAAAACUCCACUGACUGUGUACUCUCCGCCAGGAUUGGAGAAAGCUUUUAAACACAGGCCUGAGAUAGUGAAAGCCAUGUUAGGUGGAUAUUUAAAACUCACAAAUUCUGUCAACAUUGAUUGUUCAAUGUUUAAAGUUCGCAACAUUGUCCUGAAAAAGAGGGGACGUUCAGCAGAGAAGGAGUCUGAUGCAACUGAUGUUUAUUCCUAUGUGCUUGAGAUGCCAGCCUAUACUGAGUCCAGUUCACAUUAUAAAAGACACAACACACCAAGUCAAUGUCCAGAAAACUUAGGGUUUUGUCAUGAGGAUGAAGUAAGGACUGAAUCUAGUACAAAGUCUGCUGAAAGACAAAGAAGAGAUGCCCUUCUUGUGAUUGAAUGUCCAAGUGAGGAUUAUUUGACAAGUUUAAUGAAAAACCGCCAGUUUUAUGAAUACCAGAAGGGUGGAAAGGCGCAUGCCUGUUUGGUGGUCCAUAUGUCUACGAGUCAAAUACUGAAUAGCAGUAGAUACUGCAGAUUUAUGGAAAGGUUUGGUGAGGACACGCAGCACUUACUUCUUCAUGAGGGAUGCCAGAACAAUGUAUCUCCAGUCGUGUACAACAUCAACAGAGUGUUGAAUCAUAUCAAUAAAGACAUUUUUCCAAAAUUGAAAGAUGGAGAGCUGAAGGAACCAGAUUUCUCACAGAAGGUGUUAAAUGCUGUCAACUUCAUGGAGUACCUGUAUCGUCCUGGAAACCCCUCAUUUAGGAUGAAUAUAGAAAUGCAGAAAUAUAAUCAAAACUGGGUAGAUCAACUGCUGACAAAUGUACCAGAUUUUGAUGAUAAAGUAAAGAGAUUAGAGACAUUGUACCAACAAGCAAACACUGAUCCUGAAUCCUACCCCCAAGUUGUCUUUCUUGGAACUUCUGGUGCCACAAUUGUAAAAGGAAGAAAUCAAAGUUGUAUUCUAGUUAAAAUUGAUAAGGACAACUCUAUUAUGAUGGAUUGUGGGUCAGGAUCCUAUAAUCAGAUGGUUAACCUGUUUGAUAGGGAUGUAGAAAUGGAGCUGGCCAAAGUCAAAAUGAUCUUCAUCUCCCACAUACAUCUGGAUCAUCAUCUAGGUUUACAGUACAUUUUGAAAAAGUGCUAUGAAGCAAGACAGUCCUGUGGCUUAGGGAAUCAGCCAUUGUAUUUACUGGCCUGUAGGAAGCUACAAGCCAUCUACCUCCAUUCUAUACCAGAGCUUUACUGCCUUCAGGAUUAUUACACGUUUGUUGACUAUUACCGAGGUGAAAAUUUUGAGCCCAUCAUGAAAGUUUUAGGGCUGAAAUAUAUGAGCUUUGAUGAUGUGAUUCACUGUCCAUUUUCCUGUGGUAUCAACAUCAAACAUAGGAAAGGAUGGAGUCUGGCCUACACAGGAGAUGUGUAUGAACUCUCAGAGACCUUUAUCAAUAAUGCUAAGAACUGCAGUAUUUUAAUUCAUGAAGCUGCUUAUGAAGACCAUCAUGUAAGAAAGAGACACACAAAUCAACACAGCUGCCAAAAGAAUGCCAUUUCAAAUGGACAGAGAAUGAAAGCUGAGUUCACUGUCCUAACACACUUAUGUUGUACGUCAAAAGGUUGGAUCUAUCUGCCAGCAAAAUCCAAGCACUUCACUACAGCUAACUUCUUUGCUCAUGACUUCACAAAGAUCAAUUUAACUCAUCGCCCUGUUUUGCACCUGUACGACGAUUUAAUUUAUGAAGUCUUCCGAGGAUGUGAUGAUAAAGCUCUAGAGUGGUACAGCAAAGACAUGAGGAAAAAGAAGAUGUUUGAUUACUGAUGAUAGAUACACGGAUCAAGAUGAUCAGCUGUUCAUUGUAACAGUGGGGAUGUCUAUGUAUCUGUUGACCAAUGGGUUGCCAAGAUUUGUGUUUCUCAUUACAAAAAUUGAACUUGGAAUAAGUUGUGUUAUUCCUGUUCUCACACUGUUAUCAUUUUAUGAAUUGUAAUGUACAUUUGUAAGAAGCUGUGAUAUCUAUGAAUACAUCUUUUAGCAAUGCUUUUACAGACAUUACCCGGUACAAAAAAUAUAAAAAUGCUGUAAUUUAUAAUAAAAUACAUGUAUGUGGUUUUAAGACCUAUUAAAAUUCAACUUAUUUUCUG